AUGCGCGUGCCUGGUUACACUGGCCAUGUCCCUGGGAAGGAUGACCGCAUCGCGGACAGCCCAUUCAAGAGCACGGCGAACAUGACCAAUCAGCACCGGGCCAAUGCAGCAAUUCCGGGCUACACGGGUUACAUCGGCGGGAAGACCCUGCAAUACGGCGCCACUUACAAGACCCAGAUUCGCCAUGCGAUCGACAAGAAAGACCACCGAGAGGUAGAGGUGCGGCCUGGUGGUGCAGUUGCUGGAGCCCCACCAAAGUCUGGAGGUUAUCCCAGUCAGGGCCGGGCCACGGACGCAACUCUUGGGUACACGGGCCAUUGCCCGAAGACGAGGGCCGUGGUCGGGGCAACGUUCGCUUCGGCCAACAAGAAAGUCGCCAAGGAGAUGCGCGAGCCUUGCAAGGGCCUCGAGUAUCGGAGGGUGACUGCCCCGCACGUGGAGCCAGGAUCACCCGCGAGCCCAGGGCGCGGUGUGCUCGGGUACACUGGGCACGUCCCUGGCAACAAGCUCGACCAGCGCUUCGUCGGCAUGAACAAGGUCGCCGUGGGCAGGCUCCUGCAGUCACCGAAGAGUGGUUCGCCGACGAGUGGUGUUGGAAAGAGUGGCUUCUCUACUCCCACGAGCACGAGCACGGGGGGGUCUCGGCCAAGGUGGACGUGA